AUGGCCCAAACGGAUGAGCCCUACGCUCAGGGGACAUCCCCUAUCGCCUCACUCCGUGCUAUUCUGCACGACUACAUAUUUUCUGUUGGGAUAUUUCGCGAGUUGUUGCAGAAUUCAGAUGAUGCUGGGGCAUCGAAGCAGAUUUUUGUUCUGGAUCGUCGUACGCACUCGAGUGAGAGGUUGUAUCACCCGAAACUCGCAGACGCCCAAGGACCUGCGCUCCUGGCGUUUAACGAUGCUGUCUUCAAGCCGGAGGAUUGGGAAGCGCUGAAGAACCAGUACGAAUCCUCCAAAGUUGAUGAUUCCUCAAAAAUAGGGAAAUAUGGUGUCGGGUUUCGUUCAGUUUUUCAUAUCACAGAUUGUCCCCAAGUCCUCUCGGACAAGUUCUUGGCUGUCUUCGACCCCUUGUACGCCCAUAUGGAUCGACCAGGCGCAAAGUUCAAUGUCAUGGAAGUUGCUGCGAACUUCCAUGGGCAGUUGGCCCCCUUUGAAUGGUUUUGGGAGCCAAACUGGACAGGAACCUGUUUCAAGGGGACCGUCGUCAGAUGCCCACUGAGAAAGACUCCAAGCCGCAUUAGCAAUCAAGUCGUUUCUCCCGCUCAGAUCCACAAACUUUUCACUGAUUUCAUCGAACGCGAACUCGACAUUUUGUUGCUCUUCCUAUCCCACAUCAAGGAGAUCGAAAUUCACGACGUCGACUCUUCCGGCAAAGCCACCUGUCUAGCCAAACUGUCCAUGGCAAGAUCAGAAGCAACUUCGACGCCUGGGAUGCAUACACAUAAGGCGACGACAAUGACGAUACACAAGGGUGUUACGCAUGAAAAGACAUGGCGUAUAUCGCGAUCCACGUUUUCUCAAGCCGAAGCCGUGCAACGGUUAUCCGCAACAUCCUCCGGAAACACAGACGGCGUGUUGGACCGCGUUCUCCAGGAGCACAAACUACUUCCAGAAAUUGGAAUUGCCGCGGACGUCAGCGCUCAACGUCCCGACUCGGUAUCGACGAGGUUGUUUACCUACCUUCCGCUACCCGUAUUCACGAGAUACCCUGUGCACAUCCAUGCUUUGUUCGCGAUCAAUCGCCAGCGGAACGAACUUCGCAAUCCUCGCGAGAUCGGAGUCAAUCCUGGCACCACCGACCACAUCUUGAUUGAGUGGAACAAGCUGCUGUUCAACAGAUACAUACCUGAGGCAUGGAAGAUAUUUAUGGAAACCGCCAUUUGUUUGGAUAAUGUGGCGAAUGUGUUUACGCUGUGGCCGCCAUCCCAAGCUGCUAGCGGGAACAUUGGCCUAUAUGCGCCUUUAUUCGCGAAGGACUUCCUUAGGUCUGUUCUCGACACGCAGGCGUCUGUUUGGCCAGUCUUUCGGCAGAACCAUGAGAUGCCUCUUGUCUAUGAAAGCUUGGACCAGUUGAUAACAGUGGAGCCUGGCACGUUGGAUACAGUUCUCCGGUCCUUGACCAAGAUCGGGUUGCAGCUGACAUGCCCACCUCGAUAUGUUUUCGAUCUCAUCAAAGCUCAUGGUAGAAACGCUGUUUUAACUCCGGAAGUCGCCAAUACCUAUUUACGAAAACAUCUGGAUGUGCUCGCUCAAGCUUCCGAAAAGGAACUCAACACUAUCUUAGAGUACUUACUCUCCACUAGAGAGGUCCUGAAUUUAGUCGGCCUUCCGCUUGUGCCGCUUGCCAGCGGUAUCCGAGUGUCUCUGGAGCUAGCCGGUCCUCAAGCAAGCAAGAUCUACACCAUCCUGACGCGUCAAGAAUUCGACGCCUUCGGUUCAUGCGACGACGAAGCCAUUCCGCUCGAAAAGAUACCUAUGGUUGCACGAUCGACGUUCCACACCGCACCAGAGAAGCUCAACGUCGAAGCACUCCAAGUUCCACGCAUCAUCCACUACCUGACAUUGUACCCCAAUCGACUCGGCCUCGAUUUGUCGGUCGCGCGAACGGAUCCUCGUGCGUCCAAGUGGCUUUCCAACUUUUGGGUGUGGAUGAACAAGUAUCCGGGCAAGAUGGAGUUGUUUCCCCAGAUAUGCCACCUGUUCUUGCUUCCCUCAAUGCAUGGCCUCAGAAAGGCAGAAGCACCUCUGUUCCAAGCGAGAAACGAAAGUCCGCUUUUCGUGAAACCCCUUUCGUCCUUGGGAGUUCCUUUCCUGGAUGAGGCCUUCGACAUCAGCGCGUACAGCGUGCUUAUGCAUUACGGACUCUUGACGCGUAUUAUCGACAUCCACGCCCUCCUCAAUUCCAUUCCUUUGGACCGAAGCCCCGUGUUCUCAGCAAACGACUGUACUAUGAUCCUCAAACUCCUCGCCCAGUCGGUCAAUUCAUCAUACGAUGCGCGUGGCCAAUUCAGCGAUGCCCAACGUCGAAAGUUGAGGCAACUGCCCAUAUACCCUGUCCUCGGGCUGUCUACUGGACGUAACGUCGCUCCUGACCUUGAAACCGUGUGGACAAGCAUCCCGGAAGGCCGAGUAGUCAAGUCGAUCAGUGACAGGCCACCCUUCGUUCCCAUCAUUGACGGCCUCAUCUUCGUGGGCUUGAAUAGCAUCGCACCCAACCUCCUGAAGCAUCUCGAACCCGAAAAACCUGCGUCCUUCACCAACAUCGAACUCCUCGAGUUGGCAAUCAAUGAUUUCACCUCCCAAUCACCUCAACUUCAGGCAGCCGCACUGGCUUUCGUCGUCCAGAAUAAGUCAAAAAUCCCUCCUUACUUACUUGAUAACAUCAAAUGUACAGAGUUCGUACGGGUCCUCGACGGCUCUCUGCGUCGGCCUGACGAGGUUGUCAAUCCACAGUCAACGAUCGCGUCUCUGUUCGACGGACGCAAAGAUCGACCUCGAAUGGAGAGCCGAUCUGAGGAGGCCAUUGUCAAAUCCCUUGCGUCUUUGGAUCUUAUGAAGGCCAAGUUGACUCUCGAGGUCGUCAAAGAGCGCAUCGGAUACCUUUCAGCAAACCAUUCUUCAGCUGAUGCAUUGGCCCUGUCACAUGCCCUGCUGUCUCUCAUUGCCAAAACGAAUCUGGAUUUCUCGAAGUUGGCCCUGGACAGAGAGGAAUGUUGGCUGCCGACUGCCCAUGGCGUUCGUUCUCCCAAGGAAUGCCGCGAUGCGAUCCAGCAUUCUCGCUACCUCUUCGAUCGCGUCCUCGCCCUCGUGGAAGGAUACUCAAUUCCAGCGUCGCUGAAGUCAGCACUUGGUUGGGACCAAUUCGUCGAAACCGAUGUCCUGAUCCGCCAACUUGACAAGGUGCUCGGCGAGUGCGGAGAUACCUUUGACUGUGUUGUCGAGGUCAUCAAAGAGCUCAGCCUUCGCAACUACGAUGAGCAUAUCGAGAUUCUAAAGGCGGUCACGAAAGACAGGAAGUGGGUGCCGACUACGAACCGUGGCAAGGAGCUUUCCGACGCGAUGUACGCUACUUUCAUGGACCCGAUCCCCGAUUCGGGAUUCAGUCAUAUCCUUGAUAUCAGCCCUAAUGCUGAACAACUUCUGCGAAAAUUGGGGUGUCAAGAUCGACCUUCGGUCACAGCCAUCAACGCAAGAUUGAGAUCAUAUGAAUCCAAGCAGGGCGAGCAUCUGUCGCCAGUAGUGCUGAAAGUUGUCUGCAACCUUCUGCGGUCUCUGCCUAAGGAAAUUCCAGAUGAAGAACGAUCCACGAUCCUCAUCCCUGAUUCCAGGGGCUGCCUGCGCUCCCUUGCAAGUGUCCUGUACAAUGAUAUAGGAGAAAACACCAAGCUACUCCCUCCAGAUGCUGAUUCAAUCGCUCAUCCGGACAUUGAUGAAUCACUUGCGCAGAGACUCGGCAUAAAGCGCCUUGGUCUAAAAUACGCCGACCUUCAGAUACCUCUAGGCCGUAGGAUGGGCGAAACUCCUGUCACUACAGUCCGUAAGAACCUCAACCAACAUUACAAUAUUAAGCAGUUUCCCACCGAAUUCCUGGCGAAUGCCGCUGACGCCCACGCGACACAAUUUGCGCUCCUUGCGAACGAUUGUUAUCCGCGACAUCUCGAAGGUCAGCACGCCCUUUCGCAAAAAAUGGCUUCGUUCUGUACUUGCCCUUCGCUCAUUGUCUACAACAACGCAAUGUUCUCGGCAAAGGACUUCGAGGGGAUCUGUGAGACCAGCAUAGGGGGCAAAGCUAGCCAGGCAGACACUAUUGGCCGGUUCGGUCUUGGUGCCCUGACCAUGUUUUACUUCACGGAGUUGGCCAUCAUAGUAUCAGGGUUGCAGGUUCUUUUCAUCAAUCCAUCGAAGGCGCAUCUCCCAAUAUCCGAGCAUGCCAUGCUACUGAGUCUGAGUUAUGUUCGGAAGUUUUAUCCCGCUCAUUUUGCUUGUAUAGAUGGUUUAUUCGGGUUCGACUUGAACUCCACCGAUGAAUACAAUGGCACAAUUUUCAUCCUUCCGCUUCGACAAAUGGAGCAUUGCGCAGGGGCUGUAGACUCGGUCAUCUUCACAGACUUCUGGGAUGUUGGCAAGAUUGAACACGAGGUACACGACUAUUUCCGCGACCUGGCACCGAAUUGUCUCUUUUUCACAAAGAUAGAGGUCAUCGAUGCUCGAUUGCGCAAUGCAGGCGGCAUAGAGGAUGUCUCGUGGCAGUUUCACGCUACGCGCACUGAACAAUCAGCAGAAGGAAUGCACCGCCGAAUUGAUGUGAACAUCAGAGGUCUAUCAAGCACAACCUCGUGGAAGGUCGUUAGUAGGUCUGUUGCAAGAGACCAGAUACCCAGCGAAGUACUAGCGAUUCAAGACACGAAGAGGAUGCUAGUCGUACAAAUGGCGAUCCCGUGCAAUGUCCCUGUUUCCAACACACCCUUCCAGUUUUUCGCCAUUUUACCACUUGGGAUGACAACGUCUUUGCCAAUGCAUAUUUCCGCGCCGUUCAUCCUAUCUCCUGAUCGUAGGGGAAUUCGACAUGACGAGUACGGCAAUCCAGAGUCCGAAUACAACAUUUGGCUCCUCUCACACGUUGUACCGGACCUGUAUUUCUUCGCGUUGGAGCAACUUAUCAAAAUACGAGAUGUCAGGCCCUUAUUUCCGGGCUUGGAUAGAGGCAAGGAAGACACAUUCUCUCGCUUGGUUGUAGAUGGGUUUUAUUCAAAAUUGAAGACAUCGACUCGCUCUAUCUUUUCCAGUGCGAUAGGUCCGUUGGUCAUUCUUACCCCGCAAAUCACUGUGCUCUCGGAACAUGAACCGCCCAGCGUCAAACGAGCCCUUUCCCUCCUUGGAUCGUCGAACAUUGUCACCCUGCCCGGUCCAAUCCGCGAGCUCGCGAUAAAGGCGGGACUCGCGCGGGUGGAUCCUGCUUUCGUUAAAGAGGAGAUUUUGCGCGGAGGAACUACUUGGAUAACCGACGAACUCAGUGAAGAUUUCAAAAUUAUCGAAGAUAUCGUGGAAUAUCUUACGGAUAAGGGACAAUCGGCAGGGCAUGUCUUAGGGUUGCAGCUUAUUCCUCUGGAAGAUGGGACUUUCGGUACGAUUGGAGACAAGAAUUGGCAGUCGCGCUACUUUGUUUGGAAACCCAAAACUACAGGAAAGCCUCACAACUUCGAUCCGCGACAUUUUGUCCAUCCCAAGUUCAAGGCUAAAGACCUCUUGAAAUUGGAUCUCAAUGUUGGCCCUCUUGACCCCGCAGGCAUGAAGCAGUUUUUCGAAGAACGUUUCUUUAACUUAUCAUUCGGGGACGUGGGGGAUAUUAUUAGCUCCAUUAACGCAGAUGAAUGGGUCGACGAGUUCUGGACCUCGUGGGAGGAAUACGAACGACUUGGGCUGAAGUAUGCUGACAUUUCACAGUAUGCUGUAGUGCCGACGCUCCAGCAAGGUCGUUGCGUCUCCCUUGAACAAUGCAAAAGUGGUGCCGUGUUAAUCGUUGCUGGCACCGCGAGAGAGAAGGUCGCAGUGCGCGUCAUUCUGAACGCUCUUGGCGUGGAUGUUAUCCGACCAGACGAUGAUCCUACGCCGCCUGCCCUUCGCUCGAUCCUUCAGUUGCCAGAGUUUCCUCCACUGAAGUUCGAAACGUUCUUGUCCAGGAUUUCCUCUUUCCAAGAUCUUAUCCCGGACAAAUUCAGCCAGUUGGAACCGGGCUUAGCAGAUGCAUUUGCCACUUGGGCCCGAAAUGAGGUUGCUCCCAACAUCCAGGACGACCUUCUCUCGGUCGCACAAGAGCUUCCCAUCUGGAUGUCUGCCCUCUCUGGAAGUGGAACAGAACUCCGCUCUGCUUCUGCAGUCCAUUGUCUGCCAGACGCCUUGAGUCGAGAGGUUGCUGCCGAGUUCUUGAAUGUCCCUGUUUCUAGCUCGCCGAGUCUGAAACACCUGAAAGGGCCGAGCAUCUCGUUCUCCGAAAUUCAAAACUACCUAGCCCUGCCCGCCUCGUUGAACGAAGAACAGCUCACUUCCUACAAACGGUUCCUCGAGAUCUGGCUCAUCAAUCUGCCCAACUCGAGCACGGAUCCGAUACAAAUUCCCACACCGGACCUCACGAUUAGGUAUUCCAACGACCUCUACGCUCGACAUCAGCUCUUCCUAGCCGCGUUUGGUGACGCUUCGCCCAACUUCGUCCAUCCUGAUUUCCGAGACCUUGAGCCGAAGCUAUCUGGUCAUGGACUUAGAAACGAGAACGACUUGGACGCGAUGAUAUUCCAGGAUUGCGUGGCUUCACGCGAUUUAACCCAAGGUGAGGACCGAGUCGCUCGCGCCGUUGUUCUUUUCGAUACAUAUUGCACCCAACUCCCGUUGCGCGUUGCGGCCGACGACCAGACCUCUUGGCGCCUGCUAGACGACCUCGCAUUUGUUCCAAGGCGAAUGGAGGACUCUCGCCGCCUCGAGCAGGGUGCUAAUCAACCUGGCUUGGAAAUUCCGGAUACUGUUACGGAUUUAGAGGAGAUUGUAUCACCGAACGAGCUUGUGAGACAAGAGUUUGAAGCGAUAGCCUGGAGCCAGAGGGCAUCCUUCCUCGAACAGCCACAUCAGAGGGUGCUGGUGGCACAUCCCGGUUUAGGCAAACCUUCUUUCACGGAAGUGUUGGCGCACCUUUGUUACCUUGCAUCCCUUCGCGAGGUCUCCAGUGCUCAGAGGCGGGUCCUUCUGCACGACCUGGAAGCUACCUAUCGCUUUAUGAACGACAACGCCGGCUUCCUCCAAGAAAAUCCCCAGGAGACCGCGAGCGUCAUUGAGAGGCUGCGUGAGGAGAAGCUCUUCCUCAACGUCGACGACCCUGCCACGACGUCCAACUGGCUGUGGGACAAUGCCGACUCUCUGGCGUUCGUCGAUGCAGACGAUGAGCACAGCUCGAUCCGAUCUGUCAGGGAGUUCCUGAAGCCGUUUGAGAAAAUCCUCCUUGCGUCAGGCGUGGUCAAGGUUCACCACCCGGUGCCGAUGCCGAAGAACGAAAAUGCGGCGGAUGACAGUUCACGCAAGCUUCGGGGGAUGUACAAUGGCUUCCAAGAGCUCAGGAGGAAGAAAGUGCUCGUUGAUGUUGUGUUUAUUGGUUAUGAGCAGGACGAGGACGAGGACGAAUCGUUGGUUGCGCAUCGGGUGUUCCUCGCUGUGUCGAGCGACUAUUUUGCGGAUACCUUCUCCUCUGGGUUUGAGGAAUCGUUGGAUGGAUCGCCGGAAAGUCCUAUCCCGCUGAAUGUUUCCGGACACUCUCGCAAGUGUGUUCGCUUGGUGUUAGAUUUUAUUUACACCAACAGGUUUGUAGUCGACAACUUCUCACUGGAUCUGCUCCUCAGCAUCCUGGAGCUCUCGCAUUACUGGCGCGUCACGGACUUGUUCGAGGAUGUGCAGAGGCAAAUCGUCAAUCGUAAGCUCAUCAAUCCUGAUACUCUGGAGCGAAUUCGGGCCCUGGCUGAGAGACUAAACGCAGAGGGACUCCUCCAGAGGGCGGAAGAGUAUAGUAAAACGAACGAGGCUUACAUCCGGAAGUUGCAGGAUCGUCGUGGGUCGUAG